UGCCCGCGCGGGAUUCUCUCACAGACAUCAUGGCGGUUAACAUCACUGCUUACGGCUUCGCUUCGGACCAGCCUUCUGGCGACGGCUACGUCUUUGAGUGCCAACACGGGCCGGGCGAGUGCAAGGGAAACAUGAUCGUCGUGUGUGCCAAGAAGUACUUGGACCAUGAGACCUACGUCGACUUCACUCUCUGCCUCAUGAGUGGCUUCUACCCACCUAUCGAGGGCGAGAAGUGUGCCGAGAGGGUGGAAGUGGAGUGGCAACCCAUCGACAACUGUUCCCAGUCGGUGGAGGGCGAGCAGUUGCUUCACGAGGCAGGUCUUGAGCAAGGACUUCUCGACCCGAGGCCUGAUUGGAUGCCUUGGAUUAUCUUCAAUGAUAUAUAUUCUGCAUCAGCCGUGAACUACCAGUUGCCCAGGAUAAUAUACUUAUUCAUAUUCGUGUCGCUAACGCUGCAGGUGUUUGAGGAACUACUUGGCGCAUGGUGUACAAAACUCAGCAAUUUAUAG